ACGUCAAGGCAGCAAUAAAUGUUGGCAAAAAAGAAGCAUUGAAAUAAGAAGGAUAAAAAAAAUUAUUCGCGCAUUAUAAUUCUUUACUAGAAUAAUGCAAAAAUAUAAAUUUCACAAUUUGCUCAACAUUUUCAACUAAAUAACAAAAACAAACAAUAUAACGUAAGAAUUGAAGCAAGAAAAAUAUAAAAGCCGCACAUUGGAAUUAUAAAGAAAAGUGUGUGUGUCAGAAAAAAAUCCAGACAAAAAGAUUUUAGUGAAAUAUCUAUAAUAAUUGUUAAAGCGCUGCAAAUAAAAUGUCUGUGGAUGCUUAUGGACCCAGUUCUCAGACCUUAACAUUUUUGGAUACCGAGGAGAAUGAUUUAAUUGGAGCCGAUACACAAGCAUCUGACUUUGACUAUCGUGACUUAACCUUGGCCUCUCAAACUCAAUCUUCACAACUUGAAGGUGGUCUAGGUGCUAGUGGUGGUAUUGGAAGUCAAAACUUACGCAAAUUAGAUUUGCAAACAAAAUUAGGCACCGCCAACGGCUCAGCUGAUCUACAGUUCGAAGAGGAGGAUGAAGACAAUGCCUUGUGUCCAGUUGAUGUUUUACCUCCGCAUGCUUGUAAAUACUGUGGCAUUCAUGAUCCCGGCACCGUGGUAAUGUGCAACAAUUGUAAAAAAUGGUUUUGCAAUGGCCGUGGCAGCACUUCGGGUUCGCACAUUGUCAAUCAUUUAGUACGUGCCAAGCAUCGUGAAGUCACUUUGCACUCCGAAGGUCCCUUGGGAGAAACAGUGCUCGAGUGUUAUUCUUGUGGUGUACGUAAUGUAUUCGUUUUGGGUUUUAUACCAGCCAAGGCUGAUUCAGUGGUCGUGCUGCUUUGUCGUCAACCUUGUGCAGCUCAAAAUUCUCUUAAAGACAUGAAUUGGGAUCAAGAUCAGUGGAAACCUUUGAUAUCGGAUCGCUCCUUUCUGCCGUGGCUGGUAAAAGUACCCACCGAACAAGAACAACUGCGUGCCCGGCAAAUUUCCGCUGCGCAAAUUAAUAAACUAGAAGAAUUGUGGAAGGAGAAUAUUGAGGCCACUUUUCAGGAUCUAGAAAAACCCGGCAUAGACACUGAACCCUCGCAGGUGUUGCUGCGUUACGAGGAUGGUUAUCAAUACGAGAAAAUAUUUGCUCCCUUGGUCAUGUUGGAAGCCGAAUAUGAUAAGAAACUAAAGGAAUCUCAGACGCAGGAAGGUAUUGAGGUACGUUGGGAUAUCGGUUUGAAUAAGAAGACCAUAGCCUACUUUACCUUGGCGAAAACCGAUUCUGAUAUGAAGCUAAUGCAUGGUGAUGAAUUGCGUUUGCGUUAUGUGGGUGAGCUGCAUAAACCCUGGGAUGCUGUUGGACAUGUCAUAAAGGUGCCCGAUAACUUUGGCGAGGAUGUAGGCUUAGAAUUGAAAUCAUCUGCCAAGGCCCCUGUGCAUUGCACCUCCAAUUUUGCUGUAGAUUUUAUAUGGAAAUGUACUUCGUUCGAUCGUAUGCGCAGAGCCUUAAAAUUAUUCGCCUUUGACCGCAAUUCUGUAUCAAAUUACAUAUACGCUCGUCUCUUGGGUCAUGGCCGUCCCGAUGGUCUAGAUGAGCCGGUGUUCCGUGGUCUUCCUCCUAAGCUGUACAGUGCUCCUAAUUUACCCGAUCUAAAUCGUUCCCAGGUGUAUGCUGUCAAACAUGCUUUACAAAGGCCUUUGAGUCUUAUUCAGGGUCCACCAGGUACCGGUAAAACUGUUACUUCUGCUACUAUUGUCUAUCAACUUGUUAAACAGCAUGGUGGCACUGUUCUAGUAUGUGCUCCCAGUAACACUGCUGUCGAUCAAUUAACUGAGAAAAUUCAUCGCACCAAUUUGAAAGUGGUACGAGUCUGCGCCAAGUCCCGUGAAGCCAUCGACAGUCCGGUCAGCUUUUUGGCUUUACACAAUCAGAUACGCAACAUGGAAACAAACAUUGAAUUGAAAAAACUCCAGCAAUUAAAGGAUGAAACCGGCGAAUUGUCAUCGGCUGAUGAAAAACGCUAUAGAACAUUGAAGAGGGCUGCGGAAAAUCAACUUUUGGAGGCAGCUGAUGUUAUUUGCUGUACUUGUGUGGGUGCCGGUGAUGCUCGUUUGCAGCGCAUUAAAUUCACUUCGAUAUUAAUCGAUGAAUCGAUGCAGUCUACCGAACCGGAGUGCAUGGUCCCCGUUAUAUUGGGUGCUAAACAAUUGAUUCUAGUUGGCGAUCAUUGCCAAUUGGGUCCUGUGGUUAUGUGCAAGAAGGCCGCAAGAGCUGGUCUUUCCCAAAGUCUUUUCGAACGUUUGGUCGUCUUGGGUAUACGGCCUUUCCGUUUGGAAGUACAAUAUCGUAUGCAUCCUGAAUUGUCCCAGUUCCCAUCGAAUUUCUUCUAUGAAGGUUCACUGCAAAAUGGUGUUUGCGCCGAGGAUCGUAAAUUGAAAAUUGACUUCCCCUGGCCGCAACCGGACCGUCCCAUGUUUUUCUUGGUAACACAAGGUCAAGAGGAAAUUGCCGGUUCCGGUACUUCCUAUCUUAAUCGUACCGAGGCCGCCAAUGUGGAAAAGAUUACAACGCGCUUUUUGAAAGCCGGUGUUAAACCCGAACAAAUCGGCAUCAUUACACCCUAUGAAGGGCAGAGAGCCUACCUAGUGCAGUAUAUGCAAUAUCAGGGCAGUUUGCACUCUAAAUUGUAUCAAGAAAUAGAAAUAGCCAGUGUUGAUGCCUUCCAGGGAAGAGAAAAGGAUAUAAUUAUCAUGUCCUGUGUUAGAUCGAAUGAAAAGCAAGGUAUUGGUUUCCUUAGCGAUCCCAGACGUCUCAAUGUGGCUUUAACCCGUUCUAAGUAUGGCACCAUUAUUGUGGGUAAUCCAAAAAUUCUUUCCAAGCAACCUUUGUGGAAUCACUUGCUUAACUUCUACAAAGAUCGCAAAGUUUUGGUAGAAGGUUCUUUGAAUAACUUGAGAGAAUCGCUCAUUCAAUUCCAAAAGCCGAAAAAAUUGGUCAAUACCUUAAAUAUGGGAGCUCACUUCAUGAGCACCAUGAUGGCAGAUGCCAGGGAGGCGAUAGUGCCUGGUUCAUUUUAUGAUCGUUCGGGACAAUUUGGUUAUUCCGGCACUACUACAGCCAACAAUUUUGGUUACAACUUUGGCAAUAAUUUGAUUGGUGGCAACAAUUCAGCCUUUGGUUUCACCAAUAAUGCUCAUCUACAAAAUAUGGGUGGACAAAAUGCCGGCAAUAAUGCUAUGAAUAAUUAUAUGAAUUCCGCUCAUUCAGCUGGUGGUAUGCCAGGUGGUUUUAAUGCUCCCGGUUCACAGCGUUCGAAUAUGAAUCAAUUCAAUUCGAAUAUGAGCAAUGGUCCAUCAAACAAUCAACAUAACUGGCACAACUUCCAACACGAUUCAAUUUCUUACAUAUCGGCCGAAAGAGCUCAAGCGGCCAUGAACAAUAUGCCAGUGCCAGUGGGUAUGUUCAUGAAUAUGAGCAAUAUACCGCCUCGUUUCUACAAUCAACAUCAACAGGCCAUACAAGCGGCUGCCAAACAGGGUCGUCGUACUGCCGGUUUUUCUGGCAAUCAAUCUAACGCAACUGGCACAACUAAAAAUCCACCACUUAACAAAGCCCCCGGUAAAGGCCGCAAUACAAACUCUGCUACUUCAGCCAAUGCCACUGCUGCAUUGUCAUCAACAUCAGCUGCUACUGAUGUAAUGUCAGCCUCAAAUUUGACCGGUUCUGGCAACUCGUCACAGACCACGGCGCCCAUAUUUACCCAAAAGAAUAUGUCGCAACAAAUGAGUCAAACCGUAUUCACCGGUUUAUCGCAACAGCCGGAAUUAUCACAAGAUUUUGGUCAAAUAUCACAAAUGGAUGGUAUAUUAUCGCAGGAUGUUGGUUUCGGAACGGAUGCACUCAACAACGAUCGCUUAAAUUUAGGACUUAAUUCUCAGAGCCAAUUUUCACAGCCUUAUUGAUAGAUACCAAACAAAGGUUGAUGAUCUACAGCAACUAAGAAAAGCAGUAGAAGCAACAACAGCAGAAAUAACAACAAUAUAAGCAACUUGAAGUAAAAUCUACAAAAAGAACUAUAAACAAGAACAACCAAGAAACUUUUUUUACAAAAACAAAUCGAAAAACAAACAACUUUUGAAAUAAAAGGAGGAUGACACGUAACGCGUAAACCAGAAAAGAACUAUCAACAAAACAACAACAAAAGAAAGUAAGGUUAAGAAAGAAGACACUUUUUUCUAAAAUAACAACAACAGCAGCAGCAACAUGGCACACACCACUGACAACAAUAGCAGCAGCAGCAACAAUAUUAUUCAAAACUACAAUAUGUUGCAAGAAAAUACGACGAUAAUGAUAAUAAGAAGAAGCGGUUUAACUGCAUGAAGGAUCGACACAGUCGUCUUGAGAGAAAAACUAUUUUUUUACCAAAACUUUCGUAGCGCCAGAGAGAGUUGUGCAUUUGAAAGUUGAAAACAUUAAUACAUGUUGCAUUCAAUGACAUGGAUGUGACUAAAGUUGUCAAAGUUGUUUUCGGAGCCUUAAAAUAAAAUAAAACCGCUUUUAUAAUUGAGGACAUUUUAAACAAAGAAAAAAGUGUGCUAGGAAUUCAACCAUUACUAUUGUGUAUGGUCAAACUUAAGUUAAGACUUAAAAGUAACGAAUGACUGCAAAGAUAAAAGAGGAUACAAACAAUAAAGGAUUUUUCAUUGUAGCAUAUUUUGUGGUCGGUCUACGACAUAUUUUGAUUUAAAAAGAAAAUAGCUCGACAAAAUCAAAAUAUAAAAAAAGUAUGCUGCAAAAACUAUAAAAACUCCUUUUUUAUGACCAGUUGGACAAAAAGAAAACUAAAGCUUACAAGCAACAAGGGAACAAGAGAAAAAGACAAGAAUGACUGUAAAGUCAAAGUUAAGUUUAACAUGGGCUCAAUUUGUAAGAGCAUUUGUAUAAAUGUUACUUAACGGUCACUUGGUUAAAAUAACUUAAUGACCAUUGAUACUUUUUCUUCCUUUAUUUUCUCCCUCCAUUAAAAAAAAAACUCUCCCCUUAUCAUCAACAUGUGAACGACUUGUUUCAGGUUUAUGGUCUCACUGUCAUUACAUAAAAACUAAAUAAAUACAAAUCGUUGUAUCAAUAAAAA